CGGUGUCCCGGAUGAGCGCAGGCGUCGUGCGGUUCGUCAGUCUAAACUCGCUCAGCGCGUCAGGCGUGUUUCUCUCGCGUUUAUUCUCAGUAUUUUCUCAUUUGAUCCUCACUGUUGGAAUCAUGAAACUGCUGCAGAAGCUGCUGCUGCUGCUCUUACUGGCGUUUCCAGCCACGCUGCUGCUGAAGGGCACAGUUGUUUCUGCACAGGACGCUACUGAUGAAGAGGAGGCUGUGGAUGAAGAUGCAGCCGAUGAUGUGAUGGCUGAGGAUGAGGAUGAUGAAGCUGAGGUGGAGGACGAUGAUAACACUGAACUAACGGAAGAAAAGGAGGAAGAGGAGGAAGAAGCUCUGGUGGGGGAGAUGAAGGCUUCACCCAACGCUGACACCACCAUCCUCUUCGUCAAAGGAGAAGAUUUUCCCGCCAACGACAUCGUGAAGUUCCUGCUGGGAUUCACCAAUAAAGGCUCGGAGAACUUCGUGGUGGAGUCUCUGGACGCCUCGUUCCGGUACCCGCAGGACUUCCAGUUCUACAUCCAGAACUUCACAGCGCUGCAGCUGGGGACCGAGGUUCCUCCUCAGCGUCAGGCCACCUUCGAGUACUCCUUCAUCCCCGCGGAGCCCAUGGGAGGCCGGCCCUUCGGCCUCGUCAUCAACCUCAACUACAGGGACAGCAGCGUGAGUCUGUGUGAGAGAGAGUCUGUGAUCUUCUUGUACGUGUUUCUGUCGGGGCUUGGCCUGCUGCUGGUGGUCGGCCUUCAUCAGCUGCUCGAGUCACGCAAGAGGAGACGGCCAGCAGCUAAAGUGGAGAUGGGAACCUCCAAUCACAAUGACGUGGACAUGAGCUGGAUCCCACAGGAGACACUCAACCAGAUCAAUAAAGCGUCUCCAAGACAAUCUCCACGCAAGAGGACUCAGAAACGCUCGGCCGGAUCAGACGAGUGAGAGACGCUGCCAUCAUCAUCAUCUGUGUUUACAGUGAGACGGCAAGUCUGUCCUUCACUGGAUGCCAACAGAGACUGACACACACACAUUCUUUCUUCUCCACG